AUGGAGGCGUGGCGGCAGUGCGCCCACUGGCUGGUGGCCGCGCGUGUCCUGCCCGCGGGGCACCGCGCCAGCAGCCCCGGGGGACAGGUGUGGGACCUGGCGCAGGCGCUGCGCGACGGCGUCCUGCUGUGCCACCUGCUGAACGCGCUGCUGCCCCGCGCCGUGCCACCGCGGGACAUCUGUCCCCGGCCGCAGAUGUCACAGUUCCUGUGCCUGAGGAACAUCCGCACCUUCCUGACGGCCUGCGCCGACAAGUUCGGGCUGCCCAAGCACCGGCUCUUCGGCGCCUUCGACCUCUUCGACGUCCAGGACUUCGGCAAGGUGAUCGAGACGCUCUCCACGCUCUCCUGGACGCCCAUCGCGCAGAGCAAAGGCUUCACGCCGUUCCCGUCCGAGGACAGCGUUGGGGACGAUGACAUUUACAGCGGCCUGUCCGACCUCAUCGAUGACACGGCCGAGGAGGACGAUGACCUCUACGACUGCGUUGAGGCCGAAGGCGACGACGGCGACGACGUCUACGAGGACCUGAUGAGGGUGGAGCCGCCCCCGGCCGCGAAGGGGGCCGUGGACCGGCGACUCUGCUGCCUCCAGGAGCUGCGGCAGACGGAGGAGAGAUACACGGAGACCCUGGAGUCCAUCUGCCAGCACUUCCUGCGGCCGCUGCGGCACUUCCUGAGCCCCCGGGACAUGGAGAGCGUCUUCAUCAACGUGGAGGAGCUGCUGGGGCUCCAUCGCCGUUUCCUGGGGGAGCUCCGGGGGGCGCUGGGGGGGCCCGGGGGGGGGCGGGCGCUGCCCCCCCUGUUCCUGCAGUACAAGGAGAGGUUCCUGCUGUACGGCCGCUACUGCAGCCAGGUGGAAGCGGCCGCGCGGCGCCUGGACCAGCUCUCCACCUGCACCGACCUGCGCAUGAAGCUCCAG